AUGGAAGGAUUUAACCAUCUCACGGAGGAGGUGGAGAAAAGGUUGCAUUCUCAAGAACAAUCUCAUUUGGAGUUGGUCGACACAGUAAAGAUGCUCCAGAGGCAGGUGAAUCAGCAGGGGGAAAAACUGGCUGACGCGGAAGACAGGAGCAGGCGCAACAAUUUAAGGAUCAGGGGAAUACCUGACAAUAUUGAUGUCGUGGAACUAGCGAACUACGCCCAGAAAAUGUUAAAGGCGGUCAAACCCGUUGUCUCUAACUCGGACUUACUGUUGGACCGCAUCCAUAGGCUGCCCAAACCUAGCAAUGCACCUGCGGCUGAGCCCAAGGAUGUUAAGGUAAGAUUUCAAUAUUACCACAUCAAAGAGGAAUUCUUGAGUGCAGUGUGUACAACUGGUGUAUCUGGGGACUACAACGAAAUAAAGGUCUUUAAGGACUUCUCAGCUCACACAAUGAGACGCCACAGGGAAUUUCAAUCUUUCACGGCGGAAUUGCGUCAGAGAGGGAUAAAAUAUAGAUGGGUUUUCCCUGUGAAGGUGCUUUUCCGCAUUGA